AUUAGUUAUUAUCACUGUUAUACCACGUUAUACUAUCUAUCUUAUAUACUAUCUAGUAUCUUUAAUCUUUAUGUUAUCGUAUAAUUACCUCUAUAUUAUAAUAUUAUACAAUAACAUAAUAUUAUAUUUUCACGUAAAUCCCUAUGAAUUAUAUUUUAUUAUUUUUUAUUCAAUAUAUUGUCGUUGGAAAUAAUUUGUUAAGUAAUAUGAGUAAUAUCAAAAAUUAUUUUACUGUAAAAGCUAAUGCUAAAAGCAGUACAGAUGAAAAAACAUCACCUCCGACUAAAAUUAGAAAAGACAAUAAAGAAAUAUUUGAAUUGUGCUCAACAUCUAGUACCCAUCAGGAUCAGGUAUUAACUGACUUAUGGGUACCACCAGAAAAUUAUAAAUUUCCACUCUUAGAUCAAUGGAAAAAAAGAGGUCUUAAAUUCCAGUACAAAUGGUUGAAAGCGUAUCCAUGGCUAUCUUAUUCAGAAAAACUUGAGGGGGCUUUUUGUAAGUACUGUGUGGUUUUUGCUUUUGCUGGUGGUAUUGGAUCACAACGCUUAUGCAGUCUUGUUUUAACACCAUUUCAAAACUGGAAGAAAGCUACAGAAGUUUUAUCGAAUCAUAAUAGUUUGGAAUAUCACAAAACUUCUUUUUUAAAAUCUGAACAUUUUUUAAAUAUUUUUUUAAACAAUGCACCAUCAGUUAUUGAUAAAUUGGACGAUGAAAGGAUCAAACAGAAGAAGCUAAACAGGUUGAAAUUAAUUCCAAUUAUAGAAUGUAUUAUCCUUUGUGGUAGACAAGAGAUCGCACUCCGUGGACACAGAGAUUUUGGCCCAAUAAACUUUAAUAAUGAGUCUGAUGGUAAUAAUUCUAAUUUGAAUGAAGGUAAUUUUCGAGCUAUUCUAAAAUAUAAAGCUAAAGUCAUAGAUUAUUUAAAAAAUCAUCUAGAAUCCGAGUCUCGAAACAAAUACAUAAGUCCUCAAAUACAAAAUGAAAUUAUUACCAUAUGUGGUGACCUAAUACUAAGUAAACUAGUAAAGAUGGUAAAUGCAUCUCAGUGCUUUUCUGUAUUAGCUGAUGAGACAACGGAUGUGUCAGUUAAGGAACAGCUUACGCUGUGUGUACGUUUUGUUAAUGGUACUGGAGAAAAUGCUAAGUUAUGUGAGAUUUUUUUGAAGUAUGUUAAUGUACAUAAUUUAACUGGUCAGCAUUUGGCUUCAGCUAUACUUGAAGGUUUACAUUCUUGCGGAAUUGACUGCUCUAAAAUGUAUGGCCAGGGUUACGAUGGGGCAAGUAACAUGUCAGGGAAAUUUAAAGGAGUACAGACUAUAAUACGAAAUAAGUAUCCUAUGGCAUUAUAUGUUCACUGUGCUGCCCAUACAUUGAAUUUGGCAGUGUCUUCAUCAUGUGAACAACAAGCUAUAAGGAACUGUUUAGGUGUGGUAGAAAAAAUGCAUUGUUUUUUUAACACACCUAAACGCCACAGUAUACUUUUGGAAGCUAUUGCUAAUAGCGAUCUCAACCCAUCAUCCAAAUCAUUAAAGCGUUUGUGUGCAACACGUUGGGUUGAAAGAUACACCGCUGUUAAUGAUUUCGUUGAAUUAUUUCCAUGUGUAGUCGAGGCAUUGGAAGAAAUAUCAACCACCUUUAAUGACAAAUCAUCAACUGAUGCCAGUAUGUUACUAAAAUCCAUGGAUUCUGAGUUCUUAAUUUCUAUUCAAGUUGUUAAGGUAAUCAAACAUUGA